AUGGCGCCGCAGCGCAAUCUGUCUCUUACCGAAGAAUUGGAGCGACUAGAACAGUCAAUAACCCUGACGCUACAAGAAAUCGACCACAACUUCAGCCGCGCGCACCGCAUCGUGACGACUAGCAUUCUUCCGAUUGUUGAACAAUAUGGCAAGCAUUCUGAAGCCGUCUGGGAAGGAUCGAAGUUUUGGAAGACAUUCUUUGAAGCCAGCGCAAACGUCUCCCUCUCCGGCUAUGAAGCGGAGGAUCCCGACGAAACAACUGCGCACGAAGAUACGACACAGCAGUCACAGACGUAUGAGGACGAGACGGUCGACGGGGACGAUACUGUGACCGGCGCAGCAACCACCCCACAGCGACGGCCUUCUUCACAGUCGGAUAUGGAAGACACUUCAGAGCUGGAAUCGCCCUCUCUCGCACAUGCGCACAGUACACCACGAGCGCCGCACACAAGCGGACAACAACCUCAAUUCGCUGAGUUCUCCUCUCCAUACGAAAAUCUUAGGCGUGAGGUGCUGGGAUCUCGAACACCUAAGCUUGAACCCACAACGCCUGGCAAGACGGACGCAUUGCCGGAUAUGGCCGGACAAUUUGAUUCUUCGCCAUUUAUACCUCCGACUUCGGGAAAGAAAGCACCCGCAGACCAGGGCCCACUCCUGCACCAUGUGCUUGACAAGACAUACCGCAUUCAAGCGACUCCGCUCAUCAGUCCGAGAAAGUACAAGCCGACAGGUGCUUUCACACCCAUGACUGCUCGGCGGGGUGCACCAACGCCUCGCGAGAAGACAAGUGCACUGCCGGACUGGGCCGACGAUUCAUCUCCGCCCUCAUCGCCAGCACCACAAUUGCGUGCCGACAUCUUUUCACCGAUGAAGACCCCACGGACGCCAGGUGUGAGCGUGCAGACACCUGGCAAAGGGAAGCAGGCCUUCAGCGUCACGAAAACGGGAGGCAACAUAUUUGAUAGUGACAGUGACGACGAUGAUUUGGACUUUUCUCCACCGAAGACAGUGCAGUUCCAUGUCCCGCAAAGCAAGUUGUAUCAGACGCCUGCUCGCGAAGCUAGCAGGCGUAUCGUAGAGGAUCUACUCUUGACAGCUGGAGGCGAUAUCACAGAUUCGACGGGCGGGAUGGACGAGGAUAGCCCUAGUGUAGUCCGGCGGCGGGCUGAUCUUGAUGAUUCGUUUUAA